UUAGAAUUAAAGGCUGGACCCUUACAGACAAGACGCGCCGGGUGAGGGGGGUAUGAAUCCUACCCCAAACACCGCUAAAGACUGCAGGUCGUACUAUCCUCCUCCCCAAACCGUCAAGGAAUUGCUGAAGCACAAACGCAAGACAAACCAGGUUUCUCCACCUCUCCGAGAGUUUACCCAAGAUUCAGGUGCCAGCAGUUCCACCUCAUUUGCCCACCAUCCUGCCAGCCAACAAGAUGCCACUCAGCUAUACACAAGACCUACACCCCAAUAUCCAUACGCUAUUCCUGAAAGUUAUUACACCCCAGGAACAGGGGUCCUGUUUGGUCAAAAUGAGGGAUACGAAAGAACCAGCAACGAAACACAAAGCUUGGACACAAGUCUUGGGCCAGACUCCGUGUCACCGGGAACCUACAUGUCCACCUUUCCACAUGCCCCCCCCUGGCUGGGGCACCACACAGGGCUUGGGCCAGAGUCCGGAUCGGAGCAUUUCCUGAGGAUGGCGGGCUGUGUAGUCCCUGACAUGAUUCCAAUGGAUCUGGAAGAGGCAAGAGCCGAAAUUCGAAAUGUGAGCCUUGAACAGCUCCUGCGUGGGGACGAGGAUGGAGAUACGAUCCUACAUAUUUAUGUGGCAAAAGGUCUAAGGAGUUUGUCAUACGCGGUGGCAGAACGUUACCAGCAGUACAGCCAGCUCGACGCCAAGGAGCACAAUGGGAAGUCUCCGUUGUUGGUCGCUGUAGCAGCCAAUCAGCCUCAGAUUGUCUUUGACCUCAUGAUGCUUGGAGCAGACGUGAACGUGUCCGACAAGAAAGGGCAGACCGUGCUGCACGUGGCUGGGACAUACGGACUGUGUGAUGUGUUGAGGGUUUUUAUGUCUCUUCAAAAUCAGCAGAAAUUUGACAUUGAGGCCAGAAAUUAUGAUGGUCUGACCCCUCUUCACUGCGCAGUGAAUGCCCACAAUGCCGCCCACACCAGCCAGAUGAGCCAGCCCUCCCCUGAAAGAGAACAGCGAGAACGGGACACCCUGACUUGUAUUCAGCUCCUGCUGCAGCUCGGUGCCAGCUGUACCAGCCAGGAUAUAAAGAGCAAUAAGACUGUCAUCCAUCUGGCUGUGCAAGCCGGGAACAUCCCGCUGGUUAAAUUCCUCCUGGACCUGCCUCAUCCCGACCUUCCUGGGCUCAUCAACAUGAAGGCUCACGGAAACACCGCUCUGCACAUGGCGGCAGCCCUUCCCCCGCUGGCGACCACCGAGUACCUCAUCCAACUACUGCUGUUCUCAGGAGCCGACCCGAGCACCCGGAACCUGGAGAACGAGCAGCCUGCUCACCUGGUGCCCCCCGGAGAGUUUUCCGAGCAGAUAAAGCUCUUGUUGAAGCGUAGACGUGUCAUGUCCUCUGCCCGCCACCAAUCCACAUCUUCCUUAUAGGAACAGCGCAGACCUGGACUACUUUUCUAGUCCUCAAGUCAAGAUCCUUCCACCAGCGGAAGGAGAGUGUAUCUCCACACGGAGCGUCUAGUCCCCAUGGUUUGAUUUGAAAUAACGACAAACCCUUUGCCAAACCUGACCUCGCUGAUAACUCCUACCAUUUACUGUAUUGUUCCUGGUUUCUGUGAAACUUUUAACCCCAACACCAACUGCUUGCCAGCAUAUUAUCGGUUUCAUAGCCAGCAUCACAGAUUACCCCAAAAUGAUCCCAGAUUUCUUCGAAGAGCAUCUUACCAAGUAAAGAUGGGCUGGGUUUGGACUGGCAGGAUUCCUGGGCUUGGUCUGAAUAUAUCCAAGUGGUGAUACUGCUUGGGUAUAAUCACCUGGGCUCCUGUCAGUAGUGAAAUUCAGCAGGAUAGAUCAUUAUGUGGGAUUAAAUUGGCCACGUUGAUUGGCUUCAGUCAUUCUGUCAUUAAAAUGAAUUAUCCAGUAACUACGCUCAUCCGGUUGAAAGGUUCUUGCGAGGAACUCAUGGAUUCGGCAUUCUUUUUCCAGGCGUUAAAAAUGUUGCCCAUGAGUCCAGACAAUAAUCUCCCAGUGUGAAACCAGUUCAUUAGUCUUUUGCAGGACCACAAAGUGACUGUCUGGAUUAGAAAACUGAUGUCACAUUGGAAGUGAAUGAAUUCCGCACAUGCUGGGCAGCUCCUUCAUAACCUGCUUGACAGAGUGUAGGAUUGAUAAGCAUCCUUCAGAACCCUUCGCUGAGCUGGGAACGCCUUCUCCAGGGCACUAACGUUUCCUGCAACCCGCAUCAUGGCUGGGGUUAUUUGGCAGACUCAUUGAAUUAUAUUAGCAAUGCUCCAGAGUAAUAUAGAGAUUACAUUAAAUGGAGUUAACGGGACACAGAACCCACCCAUUAGUCAAUCCAGCCCCAUACAAUAUACAAAAUACAUGCAUUUUAUUUGGGGAUUUGUUUAUCAUUAAGCUGUAUAUUGUGGAAGAUUGAAAGUUAAAUUAGCAAAAUAUAUUCCAAAAUUCCUCAGCUGUAAAAGUACCUGAUUUAAGCAAUAUUACCACUUUGCUCACUUUUACCUGACAUUUGCAAAUUGGUUAAUUUUCUGUAAAUUUUUUGACCUGUUCCGUAAAUAAACCCCAACUUUCUAACUCAAGGCUUAGAUGAGUAGAUUAGCUGCAUGUUUACUCAGAACCCCAUCAAUCACAGGCACUCCUAUACAAGGAGGAUACAGA